AUAAUAAUAAGAUGGGUGAUGUGUCUGCAGAAGCUGUCACCCUGGAUUUGUUGAGAGAAGCCAGGGAGAGGGUCAGGAGCAGCCCGCUGGGUGUCAUAAACACCCCCAUUAUCCCCUGGUGUCAGACCACGCUGCCUUUGAACGUCAGCUGCAGCGUCCACAUCAAAAUGGAAAACAUGCAGAGAACCGGGUCCUUUAAAAUCAGAGGAGUGGCCAAUCAGUUCUCCAGGAGACCGAGAGGAGGAUGUUUCGUGACUUUGUCUGCAGGGAACUAUGGGAAGUCUUUUGCGUACGCCUCAAAGCACUACGGCUCAAAGGGAAAGGUGGUUAUGCCAGAAACGGCCCCAGAGUCCAGGGCCACCUUAAUCCAGAGUUUUGGGGUGGAAGUGGAGCGAGUUCCCACUUCAUCGCUGAUGAGUGUGGUGAACCGUUGUGUUCAGGAGGACAACAUGACCUUACUGCACCCCUACGAUGACCUGGAUCUGAUAGCUGGACACGCCAGCCUGGGCUUGGAGGUGCUGGAGGUGGUCCCGGAGCCGGAUGUGGUGGUGGUCUGCUGUGGUGGGGGUGGUCUGCUAUCCGGGGUUGCAGCUGCCAUCAAGCUGUCAGGGCUCAAUAAAACACGGAUCUAUGGUGUUGAACCAGAAGGAGCAUGCACGAUGUACCAAAGCUUUAUUGAGAAGAAGCCAGUGUGGAUGGAUGCAAAGAGCAUCGCCUCUGGGCUUGCACCUCCUUCUGCAGGCAGGCUACCUUUUGAGCUGUGUCAGCUCUACGUGGAGCAGAUCAUCCUGGUGAGCGAUGAGGAAAUCAAGGCAGCUGUUUCCACGCUCUUCAAAGCCGGGCUGGUGGUGGAGCCGGCAGGUUCAGCUGCCUUCGCUGCUCUGGUCAGCAACAAGAUCCCCGACCUGGAGGGGAAGAAGGUGGUCUGCAUCCUCAGCGGAGGGAACGUGGGAAAAGACGAACUGGCCAACUUUCCAGACUGAACAAACUCAAAAGAUUUUCUACACAUUAAAC